AUGGAGAUGUCAGCAGCUGCAGGUGGCCUGGGGAUGUCAGGUCACCAUCAGGGCUCAAACACGGUGAAGAGGAGGAGGUGGGGAGGUUUGAGGCAGCAGUGGAAGCUUCUGGGCUUGUUUGAGAUUGAUCAGCAGCACGAGUUCUACAGCCUGACCUGCAUGAUGAAGGAGGGAUUGGCGGCAGCUACCCAAAACACCAUUGACAAUGCACCUACAAAUGAACUGUCAGAUACUGACUUCAAAUUAGAGGUCACUCAGAUACAUAAGGAUUUUACAAUGGAGACGUUUGCUGGCCCAGUGUUUGCCAGCCUGCGUGGCUCUUUAGGAAUGACUGAGCAAGAGUAUCAGCAGUCGCUCUGCUCUGAAAACUGCUACCUCCAAUUCAUCAGUAACUCCAAGAGCAAGGCCGACUUCUUCUUGACAAAUGAUAAACGCUUCUUUUUGAAGACCCAAAACAAAAGGGAAAUCAAAUUCCUUCUGGCCAACCUGAAGAUCUACAUGGAACAUCUGAAGAAAUACCCCCAUUCACUGCUGGUCAAGUUCUUAGGUGUUCACAGGAUCAAAAUCCCACACAGGCGGAAGAAAUACUUCAUUGUUAUGCAAAGUGUGUUUUAUCCUGAUGAUCGCAUCAAUGCCAGGUACGACAUAAAGGGCUGUGAGGUGAGUCGCUGGACAGAGCCUGCACCAGAAGGAAGCCAGAUUAUUGUGGUUCUCAAAGAUCUCAACUUUGAAGGCCAGUACAUCACUCUGGACCAACAGCGUUCCUGGCUGCUACGGCAGGUGGAGAUCGACACAAACUUCCUUCGGAGGCUUAAUGUGUUGGACUACAGCCUCCUCCUGGCUCAUCAGCCCUUACACAAUGAUGAACGCCACCCGAGUCUCUCCUUCGCCACUCUCAUCAUGAGAACAAAAAAAUCUGUGAAUCCAGGCUCCAGCCCUAUCCAUGCAGGCAUAGCUACUGUCCCUGGGGCAGUCCCAGAAGAUGAGUCCGCAUCACUUACGUCUAAAACAGAUGGCAGCUAUUUGAAGCAAUCACAUGCAGGAGUUGCAUCAAGCGGUGGCACUCUUCAAACAUGCCCAGGGCAUGCAGGACCAGGCAGUGACGCAGCUGAACUUCCAGACUUCAGGGCCCAAAACCGACGUUUACUGCCCAACUUAAAGAAUCCUCUGCAUGUCAUUGAUGGGCCUGAGCAGCGCUACUUCAUCGGCAUCAUUGACAUUUUCACAGUUUACAGUUUUAAGAAGAGGCUGGAGCAUUUGUGGAAGACGUUGAGACAUCCAGGCCGAUCCUUCUCCACUGUCAGUCCACAGACUUACUGCCUCAGAUUAUGUAACUGGGUACAGGAUCAUACCAAAUAGAACCUGCAUCAAGUGGUGGAAACUUAUCACCAGCUCUCACUGAGCAUGUCUUAACAACUAAAUGGCCAACCAAAGUCCUCACACAUGCAUUGACAUGGAACAAAUUUAUCUCCAUCUAUGGCAUCAUAUUUGUGCCUCACUUAAACACUCAGAGCACUGAAAAAUAUUUGAUGCAAGCAAAAUACAUUGAGACUGAUAGUUUGCGAUUGAAUUUUGCAAAAACAAAAAAUGCUUCUGACUUCAGUUCUCCUCUUGGCUAAAAUUGCAACACAUUGCGAUACUUUUACCAGUUGAAAGACCUGGAGAACUUGAGAGCAUGUAGACUGUAGCAGGGAUGUUGAGAGAGGGUUUAAGAGGGCAUAGAGCAGGUAAAGAGGGGUAAUGAGUGAAACUAAGCAAGAUAAAGACUAUUAUUUAAGUUAAUGUGGAAAAUGGGAAACAAACAAUUACACUGAGCACAGAAAACAUUUUUGUUUGCUUAAUUGGGAUUUAGGGGCAUCUAUGGGCAGAGAUUGUAUUAAAUAUUCAUAACUGUUUUAAUUAGUUUAUAAUC